AUGGCCGUCGACUAUGCGUCUGGUUUGUCUGAUUAUCCACAUAAAGGAAAGUGUGGAGCGCCAGAGCUUUUUGACUCAGAAGAGGAACUCGAGAGAAAAAUAGUUGAAUUAACAAAGUUAAUCAAGGAAUCGAAACACACAGUAUUUCACACGGGAGCCGGGAUAAGCACUUCCUGUGGGAUACCAGACUUCCGUGGUCCAAAGGGCGUCUGGACCUUGGAGGCUAAAGGAGAAAAACCGACGUUUGAUGUGACCUUCAAGAGUGCAGAGCCAAGUUUGACACAUAUGGCAAUUGUAGAGCUUGAGAGGGAAGGCUACCUGAAGUUUGUUGUUAGUCAGAAUGUUGAUGGCCUGCAUUUGAAAUCAGGUUUUCCCAGGUCAAAGCUGGCAGAACUGCACGGAAACAUGUUUGUAGAACAAUGUGAUAAUUGUGGAAGGCAAUAUCUGUUUGGGGAUCCUGUCAAGACUCUUGGUUUAAAACGAACUGGGAAUUUUUGUUUGAAGGGUGGAAAGAGAGGAAAAUGCAGGGGUAAACUUCGUGACACAAUAUUAGACUGGGAGGACUCUCUUCCAAAUGAUGAUCUGGCUGCAUCUGAACAUCAUUCAAGACAAGCAGAUUUAUCCGUGUGUCUUGGCACUUCAUUGCAAAUCAACCCGAGCGGUAAUCUUCCGGCUCAAACCGUGAAACAUGGCGGGAAACUGGUCAUCAUUAACUUGCAAAAAACUAAACACGACAAAAAAGCGUGCUUGGUUAUCCACGGUUACGUGGACAAGGUUAUGGAAGGUGUAGCAAGACAUUUAAACAUGAUAAUUCCACAGUUUGUCCCGAUUUCGCCGUUCAAAGACACGGGCGCACCUCCCGUGUUGCAAGCCCCUGUCAAAUACGACACAAAACACUGGUUAUUGAAAAAAGAGGGCGGGUGUGAAUGUGGAGAGGAAAAAUCUGGUGUCACUCCAGUUAAACGCGAUCAAUCUGAACUGAACUUCGAAGAUCAACUGGAUGUUAGUUCUUCUUGCGAUUCUAGUUUCAUUGAAAGAAGUUGGGACCAGGGUAGUGCUGAUAUAGUUGGGAAAAAGGAAUUAAAGGGUGAUUGUGGAAGAUCAGAUUUGACCUCGAGUGAGAGUGGUCAAGAUGAAGAAGCGAGGUCAAAAAAUACAUCUGAUCUCCGAAACACGGAGAAUGCCUGCAGCUCUGGUUUAGAUUGUAUCCAAUCAGGGGAUUCUGCUACGAAUCUGGAGCACGAACAAUCGAAUAUCAACGAGAGUUUGAUAGUAAAGAACGAGGAUCCAAGAUCAUCUUUGCUUGAUCCGAGUGCAACACAUUUUCCCUCAAAACAUCUCGAAGUUCCACUGAAGAAAGCGAAGUAUAACCAGGAUGCAGGUGUUUAA